GACGCAUGUGCAAUUAAAUGUUUGAAAUUGAACGGAAUAUACAGUCCGGUAAAAACGUAUUUCACGGAAGCAUUUGAUAAAUUAUACACUAUAAUGAAAUACAACAGAAACGAUAUUGUCUAUUUGUUGGUGAAGACGUGCACCAGCUGAUUCCUCCUAGCUAACUUACCAUCAGAAUGCAGUCUGUGAAGGUCGGCUACUCAGUGUUGUUUACGUCGAUAUCAAAACACAACUACUCGUCCUCGGGUCAUUUCAGAGCAUUAGCAUGUAUUCAUGGUACAAUCAGUUCAGCCUGUGGUGUCCAUCCCAUGUCAACCACAGCACAGCCUGUGGUCAUUCACAUUCCCAGACACAUGCAGGAGCAGGUAGAAAAUGUGAAUCAAGUGAGAGGCAAGAACAAAGUCAACACCAUCUAGGCUGGCAAGCUCCUAAUCAAAAGCAAGAACCCAGAACUGAAUCAGUCCGCAGGCUACACACUUGGGAAAUUUGAGCAGCCCCAUCUCUCCUCCAAAGGAUGGAAACACAACAAAUCAUUUGGUGACUACUUCACGGUUAACAACACUCAGCGUACUCCACCCGUUGUCACUGAAAUCCAGGAUGAGGAGGGUGACAAACUCAAAGAGAAGAGUAAACCUAUUACAUUUCACAACCUUCACCUCUGCCCGGACUUAGUGGAGGCUUUGGGCAAGGACAACAUAACUCGCCCUACAACUGUUCAACUACAAACCAUCCCCAAGCUCCUGAAAGGCUAUAACAUCCUGUGCACAGCUGAGACAGGCAGCGGCAAAACCCUGAGCUACCUGUUGCCUGUCAUUCACAAACUACAGGCUGAGAAAGCAGCAGAUUCCGAGUCUAUAGAGACCACACCCAGCACUCGCUCUGUUAUCAUUGUCCCCUCUAGAGAACUUGCUGACCAGGUCUCAGCUGUGGCUAGGAGCCUGUGUGGCCCAUUCAGGCUGAUGGUGAAGACAGUGGGAGGUGGGAGAGGUGUGGGCAACAUCAAGCUGGCCUUCACCAAGGGUCCCCCGGAUGUGUUGGUGGCCACACCUGGGGCCCUCGUCAAGGCCCUGCGGAGACGCUAUCUAGACCUGGGGGAGCUGAGCUUCAUGGUGGUGGAUGAGGCAGACACCAUGUUUGAUCCCAGCUUCUCUGGCAUGCUGGAGAGCAUCCUGGCCCAGACCCGCGUGGCACCCGACCCCUCAGAGACCCGGGGCCCCGGCCCCACCCGCAAGGCCCAGCUGGUGGUGGUGGGGGCCACGUUCCCCGGUGGGGUCGGAGAGGUUCUCAGUCAGGUGACGGACCUGGGCAGCAUGGUGACCAUCAAGAGCAAGAAUCUUCACUUCCUCAUGUCACAUGUAAAACAGACCUUCCUGAAAGUGAGGGGAGCUGACAAGCUGAAGGCGGCAGAGCAGGACAAGGCUGGGGUGUUGGUGUUCUGUAACCGGGCUUCUACAGUCAACUGGCUGGGCUACUCCCUGGAGGACAUGGGGCUGAGACACGUCCGACUGCAGGGGGAGAUGCCUGCCUCCCUCCGGGCUGGAAUCUUCCACUCCUUCCAGAAGGGACAGGUAGACGUGCUGAUCUGUACCGACAUCGCUUCCCGUGGACUGGACACCCAGAGGGUCUGUCUGGUGUUCAAUUACAACUUCCCAGAAUCCCACACGGACUACAUCCACCGGGCUGGACGGGUGGGCCGGGUAGGGAGUGUGGAGGAUGGGGAGGUGCUCAGCUUCGUCACCCAACCCUGGGACGUGGAGCUGGUGCAGAUGAUUGAGACGGCUGCCCGGAGGAGGACAAGUCUGCCUGGGAUGGAAUCCUCCAUCAGGAAGCCUGAGCCCAAAGCAGCCGAAGAGGAGGAGGAAGAAGAGGGGUUGCUCUACUAGUGGGUCUGCCACAAAUAAGGAUAUUACCAAAGCAGAACUAACUUGUUUGAUUAAUUUGUUCAGUAAAAUGAUUGUAUCCAGGAUAGCCCAAACCAGCUGUGUGAGACUGAAUCCUUUGUCUCCAACACAGGCAUUAUCGUCUUUUAAUUUGACCUUUUUAGAUGCCAUAUCAUGUUUGAGACUGGAACUAUGAUCUUGACUUCUCUUUUUAACCCAGAUAGUUACCGCAUGUCAUUCCAAAGAGGAAGUGUCUUUGGUAAUGUACAAAAAUCAUGCCCUCUUUACAAGCAGCAGGUGUGCGGCACAUGUUUGCACUUCUCACGGGUAAUCACAGGGUGGCAGUAUUUACUUUAUUUGACAUGUCAUACAGCAGUCAUACAAUAACCAGAGAAGGGCUAUGGCCGAAUAUAGCCUUAUUUUAAUGCUCAUCCACAUGCGGCAAGCCCUUCUUUUAUGGAAUUUAACUCAGCCAUACUAACUUGUUUUGGUAAAACAUAGGUUAAAUCAUCUAAAAAAAACAUUUAGAACAAGUAUGGAAUACCGAUUUUCCUUUUCCUUCCAGAAUUGAAAAUCAUUUCCUUAAAAGAAAGAGUAACUCAUAUAACCCUUCAUGUAUCUGGUAGGGUGCCACUGAGACAACGGUGCUAAUCUCUUCUCACUAACCACAGGUAGACCCACAUUAGAAUAUUACGUUUUGGAAAGUGGUCUUCACUCUGUUUCUGCUUUUGUGUGUAAUACAGAAGCACGACAUUAAAACCUCCAUAUGUAGAAAUGUCCAUGAAUCUACAGUCAAGUUGGAUUCAGGCCCUAACCUUGAAGUCUAUCCCAUUGAUGCCUGCGGUUACUUGUUUUAGAGGAAGCAAGAUGUUUGAACAUGAAAAUGUGUCGGAGUGAAAAUAAAUCUCUGUGAAAUCUGGUUUCUAAA